AUGACCGAAACCAUGAAUGCAGAGCAACUGACGCCGCUGGAUCUACUCAUGCCCAACACUUAUAUCCAAGUAUUCCUUACUUUCCAGACGACUGAGCCGACGUCUUUUAUUCAAUCGACACUCCAACGAGGUCUAAACACCGUCGCUGCUCAGCUCCCAUGGCUACUUGGCCAGGUUGUUCCCACCGUCACGGGCUCGGGGAAAGAAACAUUGCAGAUUCAGUGGAACGCCAAGAGCACGCCUCCUGUCGUAGCAAACAAAGGCUCUGUGAGAUCAACUUACGAAGCCCUUGAUUCCCAAGGCAUGCCGCCACAAAGUAUACCCGCUGAGAUGUGGCCGUUGGACUCGCAGGCACUGCAAGGUUCAGCCAUGGAGGGGACGCCGGUCUUCGCGGCGAGUGUAUUUCGCUUUGCGGAUGAGGAAGGCCUCGGACUCUGCAUCUGCGCGCAUCAUCAUGUCUUUGAUGCAUCUGGUCUUGCCGAGGUUAUUCGCCUUUGGUCGCUCGCUGCCGCUGGGAUAUUGCCUAGUGCUCAGCCCUCUGGGGUAGACAGAGUCAAUCAGCUCACCAAAGCAUUGGGUGGUAGCUUUGAUGUGGCCUCGGCCCAUACUGUUGAGCAUCUUUGGGACUCGCAUCCAGAGUUUUCAAGGAGCCCCCCAGCCAUGCCUAGUGAAUUCCCAUCUUGCACCUCCAAGCUAUUCAGGAUUUCGAUGGACAAGAUCGAAAAGUUGAAGCAGAGUGUCAGUGGCUCAAUGGCAGUUACGCCAACCACUACCAACAUUGUCACGGCAAUGCUCUGGAUUGCAAUCACCCGGGCCCGUGCGAAGAGAACUCCUGCCCUCGCUAGUAGUACAACCCAGCUAGUAUCAGCAGUGAAUUGCCGGCAGCGAGUAGGACUGGGUUCGCAGGCAGGGAGUGUACCCUAUUUUGGGAACGUGGUACAGUAUGCCAUGGCCGCGUUAUCCACCGGCGAACUGCAAGUGGUUGACCUUGUGCAUGAAACACUACCUCCUUGCCUGGCCAAAGUCUGCAGCAUCAUAUCUGAUUCCCAAUCUGCUGAUCGGAUCAACUCUGAUUCGGUCGCCGAGUUAUGCAGUCUUGUCAACCGUACAGAGGAUCUCAAAUCCAUUUUCCCCGGGUGGGAUCUAUUCUCAUCCCGGGACCUUACCGUCACGAGCUGGAAUGGUCUCGAUAUAUAUAACCUUGAUUUUGGGGAGACCCUUGGAAGACCUAAGCAUAUUAGGCCCCCUUAUAUGGAGGCUGACGGUGUCGGGAUGAUUAUGCCUAGGGCGCAAUGGACACAGUGCGAUCGUAAAGAGGAGUCUGGUGUUGAGGUGAUCGUCAUGCUCCGCAGGGAUGACCUCGCCGUCAUGUCAGAGGAUGAUAUCUGGGUUGGUUUCACCAACUAG